AUGGGGACAGGAAUGGAUUUUGUACACAGCUCUGGAGUCCAAAUGACUCACUACCUGCAGGAGAACUACCAGAGCUCCCAGGGCUGGUUCCUCUUCAUCUCCUUUGCGGCCGACCUCAGAAACACCUUCUUCAUUCUCUUCCCCAUCUGGUUCCACCUCUGCGAGGCCGUGGGCAUCAAGCUGAUCUGGGUGGCUGUGAUCGGAGACUGGCUCAACCUGGUCUUUAAGUGGAUUCUCUUUGGGCAGCGACCCUACUGGUGGGUCCGUGAGACCGGCUACUACGGCAACGCCUCCACCCCUGUGAUCCAGCAGUUCCCUGUCACCUGUGAGACCGGCCCAGGCAGCCCCUCUGGCCAUGCCAUGGGCUCAGCUGGGGUGUACUACGUGAUGGUGACGGCUCUGCUUAGCACCCUGCGUCGGCGCCGGAGAUCCCCCUUCCAGCAGCAGUGCCUGCGGGGGGCGCUGUGGAUGUCAUUCUGGGGGGUUCAGGUGUCUGUCAGUCUGUCCAGGAUCUUCCUAGCAGCUCACUUCCCGCACCAAGUCAUCACGGGCGUCGUUGCAGGCAUGGCAGUGGCUGAAGCUUUCCGGCACAUCCCCUCCAUCUACAACGCCAGUCUCCGGAGGUACCUGGGCAUCACCCUCUUCCUGUUCAGCUUCGCCCUGGGGUUCUACCUGCUGCUGAAGGCUCUCGGUGUUGACCUGCUGUGGUCCGUGGAGAAAGCCAAGAGGUGGUGUGACCGGCCGGAGUGGGUCCACAUUGACACCACCCCCUUCGCCGGCCUCCUCAGGAACCUGGGCAUCCUGUUUGGGCUGGGGCUGGCCCUCAACUCCCAGAUGUACCUGGAGAGCUGCAAAGGGAAGAUGGGCCAGCAGCUGCCCUUCCGCCUGAGCUGCAUCACGGCCUCGCUCCUCGUCCUGCACCUCUUCGACUCCUUCAAGCCUCCCACCAAGGUGGAGUUGCUGUUUUACGUCCUGUCCUUCUGCAAGAGCGCGGCCGUGCCCGUGGCUGCUGCCGGCCUCAUCCCCUACUGCGUCGCCCGGCUCAUCAGGAGGCAGGAGGAAAAGCUUUUAUGA